GAUUCGCGAGUUUCUAAUUUUAGCAUGUAGUCGAGUAUACAAAAACUGCGUUAUGUGCUUCGAUUUUGAUAAUUAAAAAAAAGUUUGUAGUCGCCGUUUGUUAUAGUGUCUUAUGGGUAUAAAAGUGCAGAAUAACAGUUAUUAGGAAGUGAAUAAAAAUAUAUUUUAAAAACAUGGAGGAAAAAAGACAGGAUCAACCACGUUUUAAACUCAUUUGCCAAAGAUACUACCAACUGAAACUUCGAAAAAAGUUCGGAAAAAUAGAUCUUAAUUCUAGGGAUAUCUGGAAUAACACUCCUUUACAUAACGCUCUAAAAUAUGGCCACGAAGAGCUGGCAAGGUUGCUUAUAAAAUCAGGAGCAUGUGUUAAUAAUGUAGAUACAGGUGGUAACACGCCAUUGCAUUUGGCAGCACGAAUCGGAACUACGAGUAUAUACACGGUACGCCUACUUUUGAAACACAUGUCCGAUGUCAACAGUACAAACAAUAUCGGAUUUACACCUUUGCACGAAGUUGUAUAUGCAGAAAAUGUGAAAAUUGCAAAAUGGUCAAUAAUAAAUUAUUACUAUGGUAAUAAAUCAAAUUAUACAAUAAGUAUACCCAACCAACUGUAUUCUGUUUACGAUAACACUGGUAGUAAGUUCCUUAAAUUUAACCUUCUGGAUCCACCUACUUGCUUAACGAAAGAUACUACGGCUGUGGUUAAAAUUUUAGUAGAAGCAGGCGCAGAUGUUAAUCAACAGACUGCCGAAGGCUGGACCGCAUUACAUUUUGCGGUUGAACGGAGUCUUGUAGAUGUUGUUGAUAUACUAUUGCAAAAUGGGGCUAGCGUUAUCUUAUCCGCGCGAAAUCUGCCAGAAUGUCUACUGCUUCAAAUGCCACGAAAGGUACGAGCAUUAUAUGGAAUCAUCUAUAAAGUAGUUAACGACAGCUAUAUAAAUGUACACUCUGGUACUACUGUUUUGCAUCAAGCUGCAGAAUUGGAUAUAACGUAUAUAGCAAAAGUUAUUUUAGAUAAAGGUGCUGAUAUUAAUGCACAAGAUUCUAGGGGAAAAACUGCUCUACAUAUUGCCGUAGAUAAUUUUCAAUAUGAUAUGAUCGAAUUUCUAAUAUUAAAUGGUGCCAAUAUUAACAUAAAAGAUAACUAUGGACAUGUUCCUUUAGCGAAUAUAUUUGACUGUGUUGAUUUUGAUUUUUGUGUUUCAAAACACAUGGUUAAAUACAUUGUUUUAUGGCAAUACGACCAGGAGCAUAUAUUUAUGAAAAGUUCUAAAGUGACUCCAAUACAACUUAUGUGGGACCAAUGUGAAGAUGCUGUUAAUAAAAUGAAAGAUUUUGUAUUUGAGGAGAGUAAUAUUUCCUUAUACAAAAUCCUCAAACACAUUUUUAAUCAACGCCAACUUGCAGAGUACCUGAAAAAAACAUCAAUAUUCCAAUCCUUGUCGGAUUGGAUCUGUAAUGAUAUAUACUGCACAAUAUUUCCGCUGUAUGAGAAGGUUAUAGAGAUAAUUCCACAUAACUUGAAGGCCGCAGAAGAAAGAAAUUCUAUAUUAGAUAAACUUAUUUUGGUAUCCAAUGGAAUUUUGCCUCAAUUGCCUCCAGAAAUAAUCCUUGAAAUUUGCAGUUACCUAAAUAACUAUGAUUUAAGAAACUUUUUGCUAUCGAUCUGUAAAAUCAGUUAAUAAAAUUGAUUAUAAUGUAUUUUUUAUUCAAACGUAAAAUAAUGAUGACAAUACUUAUCUAACUUGAUCCUGUCAAAGUUUGAUGUCUCCGCCGGCAGCAGUUUUUUUUUCCCAUUUCUUUACGGCGGAGGGAAAAAUGUUGUCAUGGCAACAAUAUGAAAUAUGUCACAAAGCAACAAUACAAAUGUCAUU